GUCCACCACACUGGGAAGGAGGGGACACUAUGUAUCUGUUAUCAAUAUCUGGAAUAUUAUGGCUGUGUAUACAUGGCUUAUUGGCUGAAGACUUGUAUGAAGAUGAUGCGGAACAGCAACCAUUUCCUGAAAAGGAUGUCAACCAGAUGCAUAAAGGCUACAUUGCUCAAGCCUCAAACCAUGGAUUUGAAGAGAAACUCCAGAUGGCUCAAAUGGAGCUUACGCAAGGAAUCAUGUUUAACCUAGACACUAAACAGGAAAGAGAAGCAGUGGUUGAAUUAGCCAAAGGUACACAGCCUAAAGGGAUAGAACAAUUCGACAACAAAGAACCUCCAACAGAAAUGGAAAUAGCAUAUGAGCUUAGAAAGCAUCGAGAUGAAGAAAACCCAAAUGGCCUUUCACAUCAAUACGAAAGGAAGAAAGAGAUCAGAAUGAGGCAAACGAAUGAGGGAACCCACACUGAGAAAGGUGCUAGAAGGCGACGCUCGUUGUCUCCUAAAGAUAGCAAUCUUCCAUUGAGAAAUAUAAGGCAACGCAACAAAAGAAACAUCAACAACAACAAAGGAAUGCACUGGACAAAGGGAACAGAUGGAUAUGCGUAUAUACCCUGGGAGUGGGGGGAAACAUCAACUCCCGCGGCCCGAAAUGAUGUGAACCUAGCUCAGCAAUAUGUACAUGAACAUACAUGUCUGAGGUUUGUGCCAUAUACUGAGACGGUACAUGAAGAAUUGGGAUUGGAACAUGAAUCAUGGGCUAACUUCACGCAUAAAUGUGGGUGCUGUUGGUCUUAUGUUGGCCGAUUAAAUAGCGGAGGACAAGACAUCCAUGCAACACCUACAUAUAAUUAUAACAUUGAUUUGGCACUACAUGAAUUUGGACAUAUGUUUGGAAUGGUACAUGAGCAACAGGCAGAAAAAGCAUGGGAGCGUUUAAAGUUUAGACCGGAGAACAUUGAUCCUACAAUAGGUAAAGACAGCUGGGAAAGAACUGAGUUCCAUCAUAAAAACAACUAUAUAAGUUUCCAUCCAGUUGACAUAGCCUCAGUUUUGACAUACAGCAACUGGUUUGCCUCUGGAACUGAAUGGCCAACCAUGGAGCCAUUAGAUCCCAGAUGGGAGUACCUGUGGUCUGCAAAGCAAUACCAUUAUGGUUUCUAUGAC